CUUUUACAUCUCCCGCAUUCCCACCGGUAUAUUCCCUCAUUCUACGUGCUUCUAUGCAAGAUUCACUAUGUGAACUCUCUUCUCCCUGUCCGCACCCUCUUCUACCGUUUUUCCGAAUCGCUUCCUCUCGUUCACUCUCAUCUUCUAUAGCAAUCAUUGCGCUUCCUCUGUGCAUCCGCUCCCUCCCCAGCAUCCCUCUUCGUUUCAUCCCUCCCUCCCUCUCUCUCUCUCUCUCUUCACUUCUGUCACACGUACACGCUCACGCACACUUGUCGUCUCGUUGCCUCGCUGCUACGAGGGCUCGACAGAGCGGGUUAGUAUCGUACCAGUUAGCAUUCGUUUUGGACGUGUGCGGUCUGACAACGCGAGCAACGUUCCACGAGUGAGGCCACGGGGAAGCGCGCUUCAUCCCCGGACAGAGUCGAAGAGUUCUAAGAAGAAUUGAAAGUGCGAGAAGGUCCCUUCGCCGAGCUCGCGGCACUCGCGAAGAACGAGACUUUCUUCUUCCCGUGAGGAAUUAAAUACGCUCCCCCUCAUCUCCGUCGUCCAAGAGAGAGCCAAGAUGGGUAUGAUAGCACGGGUGAGACGUCGCGUUCGUGCGAACUCAUUGACAGUCGACAAAGAGAAGACGGCACAAAGCGUUUGCCUUUUGAGCGCGGUCCUCCUCUUGCCAUAUUGCCCGCGUGGUCCAUUGCCACUUUUGCCAUCGCCAGCGCCGGUUUUGUACUCGGCCCUCGUCCUGCCGGUCGUCCUAAGCGCGAAUUACAGAUACCCGGUACCGACGCUGAAAACUCUUGCCGAGGCGGCUAAAGGUGGAGCGAAGAGAGCCUGGCAUCCCCUAAACCGCUUCCUGAGGCGGUUGUACGCGCCCGUGGACCGCGCGGAGAAUCUCUUCCUGAAGAUGCGCAAUCUCUCCAUUAUGGCGAACCAGAUAGUGUUCCUGAUACUGGCGGACAAAGUGCUGCUGCCGCAACAGAGAAUGACCUGCCUCUACACGCUCAUGUUCUACAACGUGAUAGCCUACUGCGUGAGUUACAUCAAGGAGCUGAUCCAGAAGGAGGACUGGUCGCCGUACGUCACCUUGACCGAGAGAUCCAAGAUCAAGCAUCUCGCCAUGUCGGCGACCAAGAUCGUGCUCGAGUGGACUAAAGCGGUGACGUUUGUCGUCACGUUGACCUUCAUGCUCCUCGUGUUCGGGCUGGAGCAGGGCCUCGACCAUUACAAGCCUUCGAUGAUCUACACGGUGAUCACGUGGAUCUACUACUCGGCAACGGAGAAGGUCUUCGUGGAGAUGUUCCCCACCAUCCUCAGUUUCCUGCAGCUGGAGGCGCUGGAGAACAUCGAGAAUCUGUACGCCCCGGUGAUACUUCAUUGCUUCACGAUCGUCGUGUCGGCGAUCUUCAGCGUGCUGCUGCUGGCAUCGGCCUCCUGGAGGUUCCUGCUGGCCGCCACGUACCUGAACGUCUACCUGCGAUGGAAGGAGCUGAUGCAGAACUCGGGCGCGGUGCUACGGCGGGAACGCAAGGUGUUGAACCGGUACCGGAAGGCGACCCUCGAGGAGAUCGAGAGGUUCGACGACGUUUGCGCGGUCUGUCUGUGCGGCAUGACCAAGGCCAGGGUGACGCCUUGCCAUCACCUCUUUCACGCGGACUGUCUGCGACAGUGCCUCAAGUCCAGCGACAAUUGCCCGAUGUGCAAACGCGAGCUGAAGUUCGACUGAGCGAGGAUGAGGAGGAUCUCCUUCCGCAUCGCUUCUCGUGGGACUCGCUUCGCGAGAUCCUCGAUACGCACCGUCGAGAAUGAAUGAAAGAAAAAAAAAAGAAAGGAACGUCUCGGGCACACGUUUAAAUUCCUAAACGUCGGAAAGAUUCCGAAAGAAAACGCGUAAUGCUCUUUAGACCUACGUCACCCGUGACCCGGGAAAGGAAAAAAUCAUUUACGAAAUUCGCCCAUGUAUGGCUGUGCAAUCAUGUAUGUCCACAUCGGAAAAAUACUGUUGUUUACAAAUUAUAUAAUCGAAGUAAAUGCAGUCUGGCUACUCGUGCUUCAGACAGUACGUGAUGUCGACACUUAAUUAAAUGACAUAACAUAAUGUUUUUUUUCGUAUACAUAUAUGAUCAUAUAUGUAAUCACACAUAUGGGCAAAAUUCAUAUAUGAUUUUAUAUAAUUAUAUAUAAUCAUAUGUAAUCAUUCUUUUCCCGGGGAAUGAGGAAUCGGGGAGAGAGGGAGAGAGAGAGGCUUGCGAUAUUACGCGAUGUUGAUAAUAAUCGCGAUGCUCGGAAUGCAUGUUCCUUUAGAUACACUUUUCUGUGAUAUAGAUCAGCAGCGUCGUAGCUUAGUUAAAGCAGUGGUCUACACGGAGGGAAUAUUGUAGCUUUCUUAAAUCGCAGAGAUCGUUUCGAUCUUGCCACCUUAUUUUCUAUUAACGUAAGAGCGACAUAGACUGUCAGUAAUAGUUUAUCUUGCUAAGGAACAUACAUUUUUUAAUAGUGCACACGGGAAAAUCUACACUGCAUUCAAGUGAAUAUUACACUUGUAUCGAGUAUUUCAUAAGUUUAUACAUCCGCAAGUAUAUCGUAUAAGUUCAUCGUAAGCAUCAAAUUGAUUCAAAAUAUAUAUUCUGAACCCCAAUAAGUUUAGUACUUCAGUCAAAAUUUCAUCACGAUGGUUCCUACAACCUUUGUCUAUCUAUAGGCGCAAAAUAACAUUAAUAUUUUGUUGCGGCAACCAUAUAUAGCUAAAUGAUAUUCGUAGUAAUUUUCUCCGCGCACACGUGGAAAGGAAGGAUAAUAAAUCAAGACAGCAGAAUAUAGAGUGUAUUCCUCGGUUAAAAAAUUCUACGACAUUCUCUCCGUGCAUACUUCAUCACAUCAGCCACACUUCGUGGUCGAGUUGACACAAGUUGAUUCGUAACUUUAACCAUAAAACCGGCAAAUGUAAAAUACGCUUACUUUAUAUUACUAUAUUUCGUUAGAAUGUAGCAUCAGCGUAGUGUCAACCGAAAAAGAACUGCAAAUCGCAUAGUUCAUACAUAUUCAUGAUAAGAUAAUUGCUUUUAUUGUGAGAUGUACCGUAAAAUUUCUAUGUCCAGCUCCGCAAUUCUUUCUUCCUGCGAGAAUUUAAAAACUUUAAUAACAACGUCUUACAGAAAAUCUGCAAGAUUGUUUAUAGAAUUAGUUCGAUCUGAACGUAGUGGCGCAUAUGGUUUUUGUACGAUGAUGAACGUGCGUUCUUUCUGAAACUUCAAAUUGUGCCAAAAUAAACUCAUAAGUCAUACAAUUA